AUGAGUACUAGUUUGGGUAGAGAUUCCAGAAGCCAGACCUCAUAUGGGCCAUCGGGAGCGAGCGCGGAGAAGCGGCCAGGGGUGGCGAAGGAAAGUUUACAGUUGCGGAAGGAGAGGAGCAAUGGGGAAGAGCAAGCGUUGACCCCGCGGCAGACAUUGCAAUGUCAGUUGUUGUUUAUAAUGAUUGGGACGAGUGCGAUGUACUACUGGAACUGCGCGUUGAACACGUUAUAUUCGGUAGUAGUGGUGAAGCAUCCGAACGAUAUCCAAACGAUCACAAACGUGUAUACGGUGAUGGCAGUGAUUUCUGCGUUUGCUUUAUCCAUUUAUGGGGCGUCCAAGCCUUGGAUGCACUUCGUGGGUGGUAGUUUGUUGGCCGGAAUGUGUGUGCUCUUCCCAGUUUUCGUGUGUCACAGUGGGGACGGCAAGACGAGUGUAGUCCUGCUUCACCUGUCCAGCGCCGUUGCUGGUGCGGGUGAGAUGUUGUUCCAAUGUUCUGGCUACGCGUUCGCUGUGCUGCUGAAUAAACGGUUUGCGGGCUACAUUUCUUUCGGUUACGGAGCCUGCGGUGUCCUCACCUUUGUAAUCUGGAUGAUUCUGAGCGAAGCCAUUUGGCCUUUGGCCACGGGCAGUACCCACAACAUGACCUGUGCCGUCUGGGUACAGUUCGGCCUCGGCGCCGUUUUCAUAACAUGCUCGCUACUGGGCACCUGCCGCCUAUUGCAACUCCCGCAAAUGAAGGAGUGCCUCAAACUCGGCGAACGGAACGUCACCUGCCAAACCUCCAUACAGGGCGAAGUUGGACGCAACCUCCUCGCCGCGCCCAGUCGGCUUUCCAUGGAUGACGCCGCUGGAGACGCAGCCGUCCACAUCCGACUCCAUCCUCGCGACCGUGUGGACACGCCGGGUGCGGACUCCACACAUCAGGUGGAAAUCACACCAGCUACGGAAUACACGCAGAAUGCGGAAUAUACGCAGAAUGCGGAGAACACACAGAGUGCGGAGAACACACAGGGUGUGCCUAACCGGGUACGUCAGUCCUGGCGGAGGUUGUGGCCGAUUUUCCAAGAGACGUGGCAAAUGCAGAUAGGUUUGGGAAUUUGCCAGGGCAUAAGCAUGAUGGCCUACCCCCUUAUCGGACCCUACCAGUUCAACUUAUCGGUGCGCAGGAACGACAUUUUAACCGGCAUUUUUCAGUGCGGUGACUUCGUCGGCCGUUACAUCCCGAAUCUGGCGCCCAUCGUCCCCGCCCUGUUGCUACCCGCGCAAUGGAUGCUGCCCCUGACGCUGGUCCGCGGCGUCCUGCUAGCGCUCUUCAUCUACAUCGCCAAGCUCACGGCUGACGGCCAAACCACCCACGUACUGACUCAGUACGGCACGCAAGUCGUUCUCAUGGCUGCGCUCGCUCUUUCGCAUGGCUAUUACGGAAGCAUCUUUAUGAUCCGCAUGACUGAAAAUCUAACCGCCCCCGCGGCGAAGGUGCAGGCCUCGGCCAUGGCCGUCUGCUUACUCGUAGCCUGCAUCGCCAUCGGCAUGGGCUUCGCCCAACUUGUCAAAUUUUGA